GCGGACAACCUCUUAAUGAUCUCCUCCGUCGCAACAACCGAGGCUUCUCAUACGUCUUCUACUUUAGCAGUGCUGCAAUGAAGAAGAUGGAGUCAUGGGAAGCCAACGUGACGUUGUUUUCGAGAGUCCUAGGCAAUACACAACCAGGCUCGCUCGACAUCGUAGUUGACUGUGACGCUACCGGCGAGGACCUCGACAAAGCACGCAUCUCUAAGUUUCAAGGCACGAACGUUACCGCGAAGGAUGUUCUCGAACAACAGAAGUAUCUCUCCGACAAGAGUCUCCUGCGUUACGACGACGCAUACUUAGACUCAACCAUCACUCAUGUCCCGGCAUCCAGGAAAGGCGUAAAGAUUCCCUGUCCAGGGGAAAAAUGCAGUGCUCAACAUGUCCUUGAGUGGAUUUGCUGGAAAUGUCACGUUCCUGUCGAGUACGGUACUGUCGAUCGGUUUAUGUAUUGCGACUGUGGGCGUACUCCCUACGAUAGGGUCUCAUUCAGAUGUCGAGGCCAAGGCCACGGACCCAACUUUGCAAGGUAUACGAACCGUCUAUUGAUGAGCGCUCUGGAGAGUCUACCGAAUCCUCGAGAGCUGAAUAUUCUCAUCCUUGGCGAGACGGGUGUUGGCAAGUCUACGUUCAUCAAUGCCUUUGUCAACUAUCUCACAUUUUCCUCGCUCGAUGAAGGCAUGUCCGCGGAGAAGUUGAAUUGGAUCAUUCCUUGCUCUUUCGCAACACAGAGCGUCGAUGAGCAGACGGGCAGACUACUCCAACACCGAGUCAAGAUUGGCGCUGAUGAAGACGAGGCUGAUGGAAUGUCUGGAGAUUCGGCUACCCAAAAGGCGACUGUCUAUCCUCUUUAUAUCGGUGGUACUUUAGUACGAUUGAUCGACACUCCUGGAAUCGGCGAUGUGCGUGGAAUUGAGCAAGAUAGAAAGAACAUGGUCAACGUUCUGUCGGUCUUGCGAAACUACGACCAGCUCCAUGGCAUUCUCAUUCUUCUUAAGCCGAACAACUCGCGCUUGAAUGUUUUAUUCCGGUUCUGUGUCAAGGAGCUCCUGACGCAUCUUCACAGAAACGCAGCCCAGAACAUGAUCUUUGGUUUCACAAACACUCGUGGAUCGAAUUACCAGCCCGGAGAUACUUUCAAUCCCCUUGAGAAACUCCUGGACGAAUACAAAGACGUCAUCAAGGGGCUUUAUCGUGACAAUGUCUACUGCUUCGAUUCGGAAAGCUUCCGGUAUCUCGCCGCUCGUAAGAAGGGGAUUGAUAUCGGCAAUUUGGACGACUACCGUCGCAGUUGGGAUCACUCAGCCAGAGAGGCAAACAGGCUGUUGCAGUACACCCAUAAUUUGAUUCCACAUCAAGUCAAGAGCACCUUGAGCCUAAACGAGACUCGAUAUCUGAUCUCUCAGCUCACGAAGCCAAUGCAACAGAUCUCGAAGGCAAUCACUGAUAGUGUUGCACAAAACGAGAAGCAGAUGGACGACUUGAAGAACACUAGGGCUACAGGCCUAGCUCUUCAAUCGAAGCUGAACAUCCACAAGACGGUAGUGGAUGCUAAGCAGUUAGACAAGCCUAAGACUGUCUGCGCUCACGCCUCUUGCGUGACGGUCAAGGAUCGGUCUGGUCCAAAUGGAGAAACAGUGAAACUCCGCAAGUCGUUGUGCCACAACCCCUGCUGCCUCACCAAUGUGCCCCCCUACAAAGUCGGCACGCGCGAGCUCAUCCACUGCGCCGCCUUCUCGAACGAAAAAUGUACGAAAUGUUCACACCACUGGUCCGAACACGAGCACAUCCGCGUCGAGUUCUCCGAGAAAAACCAAGUUGAAACUGACCCCACGGUCGCUGCAGCAAUCACCGUCAACGGCAACGAGACCGUCGCGAAGGAAGCGCAGCUCAAAGUCCUUGAGAGACACAUCGCUGAGCUCCGCCAAGAGCACACGCAGAUCCAGGAAGCAGCUGCUCAGUUUCGUGUGUAUCUGAAGAAGAACUCGAUCACAAGAGGUAUCAACGACGCGACUCUCGAGUACUUCGAGCACCUUAUCAAAGAGGAGCGGAGCAAAGUCAGUCUCGGCGGCAGCCGCACUCGCCUCGACGCGCUCGAAAAAGACAAGGACCGCUACGAGCACUACGUCAAGCUCCUCGAGUCCGGCCAGCAGAUCGGCUCUACCGUCCGCCAGGCGCUCGAUGAAGAUGGCGUCUACCGCCUCGUCGAGACGCUCUACCGCAUGCCGCACUACGGGCAGCAGCUCAAGAAAGUGGCGCAGGUUGUGGGUAUGGCAUAUGCGGCGUCCUAUCGCGAGCGGCCGUACCGGGUGCGAGGGCGGAAUUACUGGAUGAGCUCUGGGCCGGAGCGAUCGAGUGCGCUGUCGGCGCCGAGUGGGAGGGGUUAUGCAGGAUACUCGACUAGGGUGGUCAGUAAUCAGCUGCUUGGAGAAAAGGAAGAGAAGAGGCCGGUGCAGCAGGUGAGGAGUAUGCUGGAUCCAUAUGGGCCUGUAUCCGGCUCUGACGGGUAUCUGGAUGAGAAGAGGGCGUUACAGGAAAGGGAGGCACGACAUUCACGGAUGGAUUCGGGGUAUGCGAAUGCGGGAUCGACCGGCAAUGGGAAUGCUAAUUCUGGAUAUGGGAAUGAGUAUGAUAUGGGGGUUAUCGGGAAUGCGCCGCCGCCGUAUGAGGCUGAGGCGUCGGCUAGUGACGGUCGCCAAGGGAAGAUAUCGAAGGGGGGUUGGAUGAAGAAUCUAGGGAAGAGUGUUAAUAAAUUGGUGAAGAAAGAGAAGAAGUAGAGGGUUUUCAGAGGGGUGUUAGAGCGCGGGAAGUAGGAAGGGGAGGAUGCUGCUCAAUCGUUCUUUGUCCUACCCCUUGGAUUAAUAGUGCUGGAUGUCCAUUAACGUCAAUCUCUACUCUCACGAGAAUGUUCUACUG